GAAAAAAGAAACUCACCUGCUCUUCUCAUAUCUUAAAUUAACCUGUAUGGUGUUGUCUUCAAUUACUAAAUCAAACCUUUGAAUCUCAUGGAUCUUCAUUGGUUUUUAUUCUAUGUUUUCCUGUUUAUGAGCUACUCAAAACUCACUUCAUGUGAUCAAGAUGGUUUUUGGAGUUUAUCAUGUGGAGGAACUACACAUUUCGUCGAUUCAUCCAACGUUUCAUGGGAACCCGACAACAGCUACAUCACCAAAGGCAACACUACGACGGUUAACCUCAACAACACCGCCACCUCAUCAACAUCUCUUCGGUUUUUCCCAGACUCAGGAACCCGCAAGUGUUAUAAGCUACCGAUAAACUACGGCUCCAUAUCGUCUUUGAUCCUUAUUCGGGCCAACUUUGUGUAUGCAAACUAUGACGGGCUUCAACAACCGCCGUUGUUCUAUGUUUCUUUAGGAACAGCCAUUGCUGCUAAGAUUAACUUAGCGGUUAAAGAUCCAUGGGUAGAAGAGUUUAUAUGGCAACCCGACAACAGAGAUGUACUUUUGCUGUGCCUAAACUCGGUGCCAAACGGUGGCUAUCCUGUCAUUUCUUCCAUCGAAAUCCGACCAGUCCCACAAGGAGGCUACUACAAUGGAAUGGAAGGUUUUGAAACUAAGUUGCUUAGGAAACGCUACCGGAUAAAUUGUGGUUACACUAACGGCUCUAUUCGGUACCCUUUGGAUCAAUAUGAUAGAAUAUGGGAUCCUGAUCAAGAAUUUUCGCCUUUUCAUACAUCGACACCGUUCAAGACCCUGGGUACUUUUAAUACCUGGGGUCUAAAAGAGAGUCCUCCUCAACCCGUUCUUCAAACGGGUAGAGUUUUGGCUCGGAGAGAAGGCUUGAGUUACAAUUUUUCCCUCGAGAAUAUUGGAGAUUAUUAUCUUGUUCUAUACUUUGCUGGGAUUCUUCCGGUUUCUCCUACAUUUGAUGUAUUGAUCAAUGGGGAAGUUGUUGAAUCAAACUAUAGUGUAGAAAGCUGGCAAGUUGGGAGUUUGUAUUUCUUAAGGAAAGGAAUUAAGAGUUUGAAUAUUACUUUUAAAGAUAUAAGCUUCUACCCGCUUGUUAAUGCGAUCGAGGUGUAUGAGGUUGUUAACAUACCUCCAGAAUCAUCUACAACCGUAGUUUCGGCUCUUCAAGUAAUUCAACAGUCAACAGGGUUGGAUCUUGAAUGGGAAGAUGACCCGUGUUCUCCCACGCCGUGGGAACACAUACGAUGUGAAGGAAGUUCGGUCACCUCAUUGGAACUAUUUGACAUCAACUUGAGGUCAAUCAGCCCUACGAUCGGUGACCUAUCCGAUCUAAAAACAUUAGAUCUGCAUAAUACAUCACUUACUGGAGAGAUAGAAAACUUGGGCAGCUUAAAGAGUCUUGAAAAUCUGAAUCUGAGUUACAACAAGCUAACGUCAUUUGGCACUGAUCUGGAUGGCUUAAUUAGCCUUCAAAUUUUGGAUCUAAAAAAUAACAGUCUAGAAGGUCUAGUUCCCGAAAGCCUUGGAGGCAUGAAAAAUCUUCACCUGUUGGUUCUGGAAAACAAUCAUUUACAAGGCACACUACCGAAAUCAUUGAACAAAGAUAGUCUUGAAAUAAGAACCUCAGGGAACCUGUGUCUUAGCUUCUCCAUGUCAAAAUGUCAUAAUGCGACCGCCAAUUCUUCAAUUGACGCACCAAAGGUCUCGGUCUUUGACAAGAAGAAGCAAAAUCUCCAGAGUCAUUUAGCCGCUGUACUUGGUGCAGUUGGCGGAGUAUUCGUCGUUCUUAUCAUUGCAUUCAUUUUAGUUUUCUUAUACACAAGGAGAAAUAAAAGUAAAGCAGAAUUUAAACAGAAAGAGAGUUUGCAAACCAACAUGCAGAUGAUGAACUGUAAUGCAGCAAAAGUCUUCUCCUACAGAGAAAUCAAAGUAGCCACUCGCAACUUUAAGCAGGCGUUAGGCCGCGGUAGCUUUGGGUCGGUUUACCUCGGAAAGCUUCCGGAUGGCAAACUGACAGCUGUCAAAGUCCGAUCUGAUAAAACACAACUUGGCUCUGAUUCUUUCAUCAAUGAGGUGUGCCUUUUGUCUUCAAUUCGUCACGAAAAUCUUGUAUCCUUAGAAGGAUAUUGUAACGAAUCGAAACAUCAAAUACUGGUUUAUGAAUAUCUACCCGGUGGAUCUUUAACCGAGAAUCUUUACGGAGCAAAUAGCAAAAGAGUAACAUUAAGUUGGGCCCGCAGACUCAAGAUUGCCAUUGAUGCUGCAAAAGGUUUGGACUACCUGCACAACAGGAGUGAACCACGGGUCAUCCACCGUGAUGUUAAGUCUGGAAAUAUACUGUUGGAUGGAGAUUUGAAUGCUAAGGUUUGUGACUUUGGUCUAUCGAAGCAAGUAACUCAGGCGGAUGCAAGCCAUGUGACCACUAUGGUUAAAGGCACUGCUGGCUAUCUUGAUCCCGAAUAUUAUACAACCCAACAGUUGACCGAGAAGAGUGACGUUUAUAGCUUUGGAGUUGUUCUUUUGGAGCUCAUUUGCGGUAGAGCACCAUUAAGGCGAACCGGAUCACCAGACUCGUUUAACUUGGUUUUAUGGGCGAGACCCUAUCUGCAAGCGGGUGCGUUUGAGAUAGUAGAUGAGAGCAUAAAAGGAACAUAUGAUGAAGAAAGCAUGAGAAAAGCAGGUUCAAUCGCAUCCAGAUCCGUAGAUAGAGAUGCAUCACAGAGACCGAAUAUUUCCGAAGUAGUUGCUGUGCUUAAAGAAUCCUACAGCAUCCAGUUGUCAUAUCUUGCAACUGGUGGACUUCCCACUUGAGAUAAUAAUUCGCCAAAAACAUCAAACUUUUAGUGUUGUAUGUAAAAAUACAUUAAACAUGUGAGUCGAUAAUCAUGUGUAUUAUUUAUUGGAUAUAUAUUUUCCUAAA